UGAGUCCUCCCCCUGGAGCCUGAGCCGCCUAAGAAGGAAGGAGGUCUCUCUUGGUGGCAGGGUUGCCGGCAAGGCACUGAGCUGGAGGAUAGGUCGGCAAAAACGCAAAGUUCUGGCUCCUCCUGCAGACAUGCACCAGCGGCUGCUGGGCUCGUCCCUGGGCCUCGCCCCCGCGCAGGGGCUCUGAAUGCCUGCCGCCGCCUCCAUGAGAACACUGGCCGGGGCUCCUAUCCCUAAGCCUCUGCUUGCGGAGACUGAGCCAUGUGGGCCUGGGGCUGGGCCGCUGCAGCCCUCCUCUGGCUACAGACUUCAGGAGUCGGGGCACGACAGGAACUCAAGAAGCCUCGGCAGUUGGUUGUGCGUGUGGAUUCCUCCAAUAUUACCACAUCUAGCCAUGAGGGAUUCCCAGUCUCCAUCAAGCCACUGGAAGCCUCUGGACCUGAGCUCUCAGAUGCCCACAUGACAUGGUUGAACUUUGUCCGCCGGCCAGAUGAUGGGACCUCUAGAAAAAGGUGUCGUGGCCGGGACAAGAAGUCGAGAGGCCUCUCGGGUCUCCCAGGGCCCCCAGGACCCCCUGGCCCUCCUGGUCCCCCUGGUUCCCCUGGUGUGGAAGUUACCCCAGAGGCCUUGCUGCAGGAAUUUCAGGAGAUGCUGAAAGAGGCCACAGAACUUCGAUUCUCAGGGCUACCGGGUACAUUGUUACCUCAGGAACCCAGCCAGCGGCUGGUGGUUGAGGCCUUCCACUGCCGUUUGAAAGGCCCCGUGCUAGUGGACAAGAAGACCCUGGUGGAACUGCAAGGAUUCCAGACUCCUACUACCCAGGGUGCCUUCCUGCGGGGAUCUGGCCUGAGCUUGUCCUUGGGCCGAUUCACAGCCCCAAUCUCUGCCAUCUUCCAGUUUUCUGCCAGUCUGCAUGUGGACCAUAGUGAACUGCAGGGCAGAGGCCGGUUGCGUGCCCGGGACAUGGUUCGUGUCCUCAUCUGUAUUGAGUCCUUGUGUCAUCGUCAUACGUCCCUGGAGGCUGUAUCAGGCCUGGAGAGCAACAGCAGGGUCUUCACAGUGCAGGUUCAGGGGCUGCUGCAUCUACAGUCUGGACAGUAUGUCUCUGUGUUCGUGGACAACAGUUCUGGGGCAGUCCUCACCAUCCAGAACAGCUCCAGCUUCUCCGGAAUGCUUUUGGGUACAUAGAGGAGCUGAAGAGAUGAUUGGCACCUUGCUUCUUAGAGGAGCUGAAAAGGACUACUCCCCUUUUGAUAGUUCUCAUAGCAAUAAAGAACUCCAAACUUC